AAGUGUUCAGAAAGUUUUCAAUACCAGAUGCUCUAAAAGAAUGUCUGAUAUGCUGCGGCGAGUAAGGGAGAAUUAUGAGCUUCACGGCAUCCGUCCUAGCUGGAUAGGCGAGGAGGUUUUUCAGGAGCUUGUAAUAUAUUGGAGGACUCCACAAUUCCGGGCUAAAUCAGAAACCUUUAAGAAGAUGAGGGCAUCUGAAAAGGGCGGUUGUGUCAACACAGUUGGAAGUAUUAGCACCGCCGAGCAUGCCCGACGAUUGGCUAAGCAGUUGGGUAGAAGACCAUUGAUGCCUGAGCUGAUUUCGAGGACCCGGACAAGGAGAUCGGGAGGUGUUGUCGACGAGCGCACUAGGAUGUAUCUUGAAGAAUAUGAUAGACGACUUGCCAUUUUUCUGGAAAAUAAUCCUCAAUUCAUGCCAGCAGAGGGGGAGCCGCUUAACGCGGAUGUUGAUCACUACAUUUGGUGUGACGUUAUUAAAGAUAAAGGGCCUAAUGGUUGCUUUUUUGGGGAUGGAAAUUUGGCGUCCAGCUAUAGAUCUGGUGACCGUAAUCUUGGGAUGUUUCCUAUGUAA